AUGUACCGUAUAACGCACCAGAACGCGUACGAGCUGUGUAUUGUGCUUUCAGACUGGGUAGGGAAUGUGAAGUACGCUAGAUACUCCACCUUCUCAGUCGGUCCAAUGUAUGAUUACAUCCUGAGUGUCGGGGGGUACAGUGGGACGGCAGGGGAUGGGUUCUUAUUGUCAAGUUCAUCAUUUACCAACAAUGGUGCGAAGUUCAGCACCCGUUGGUACGACCAAGGCACUGACUCCUCGACUUCAAUGGCGGAAUAUUUCGGCGGUGGUUGGUGGUUCAACGGGUUCGGCCACAGUAACCUGAACGGUCCGUACUUCCGAGAUCCCGACCGCUACAACAGCAACGAUGGUCUGGGCGUCUUUUGGUAUCCGUUCUACAGUAAUAACAAUAACUAUUCUCUGAAGAAGACCAAAAUGAUGAUCCGUCCCACAAAUUUCAGCACUAGGGUAGGGUGCCAGACAUAA